AUCCAAAAAAAGUGACAGAGUUAUUGAUUUGCUUAUUUGCAUUGAUAAUAUCACCUAAAAGUUAUUCAACACGAUCAAACACAUGUGUAUCUCUCAUACCCGACUGUUUACUUGAAGUAUUUUCUUACUUAAAGGACGAUCGAAGAACACUCGUCUCAUGCAUGAGAGUUAACCGAUUGUGGUGUAGUUUAAUCGCACCAAUAUUAUGGAGCGCACCAUUUAAACGCUACUCACUGAAAUACACUCCAAAAGUAAUUAAUACGUAUGUCUCUCUCCUGAGUGUAAAGAAUAAAAAAUUCUUGAAGAGCUUAGGGUUAAUGAUACCUUUGCAUACUGCAAGUCCAUUAUUAUAUUAUCCGAAAUAUUUGGAAGUUUUUAACAUAGUUAACUACACCGUUGCGAUGAAGGAUUGGGUUAGAAAUAAUUUUUAUUUCGCUAAUAAAGGGUGGCAUAUCUCACGUGCUCAAAAAACCUUGGAUUCUAUGAUGAUGGACUUAAUAAUUAAUCAUUCUUCCUCAUUAAAAAAAUUUAAAUAUGUUAAUAAUAGUGAAUUCUCACGUGCGGAUUUCUUGGAAAAGUUGUGUUAUUCAGAUUUAUCAUUAAUCAAUACAUUGGAAUUCUUAGGACAUGGAUAUUCAAAUGAAAUGUACUUUACAACGUUACCAAAAUUGUUUAGACAAAUGUCCAAAACUACAAGGAAUAUUAAACAUUUAUCAUUUUAUUUCCCUGAAACUUCAGUGGAUUCCAAACUUUUUCAAAGGCCUAACUCUUUGAUGUAUCAUAAUCAAUCGGUUAAGGAUCCAACAGAAUUAGAUCUAUCCGUCGCUGAACUCAUUCGAUCACAAAAUUCUUUAAAGAGUUUUUGUACAAAUGAAUUUUGGAUGCAAUGUUCAACGGAUUUGAUCUUUAGCUCAUUAUUAUCCCAUUCAAAUUCAUUAGAAUUCAUUAAAUUUUUCACGUUAAUACACUUUGAUCAAACAUUUUUUCAUUACAUGAAACAGAUUAAUUCGUUGCGCACUUUGGAAUUCAAACAAUUUCCAUCAUCUUCGAAUUUAUCACAACUUAUAGUACCUCAAAAUUAUCUCCCUCAAGUACAAAAUGUUCAUUGUGAUGAACGAGACGUUUUUAAACAAGUUAAUACCAUUUUACGGCUUGUGGAUCACUCUUUAAAAAAAUUUUACUUUAGAGAUGCGAAUUCCGUAAUCUUUUCUACCAUUGAGUUAUAUUGUCCGAAUAUUACGCAUCUUCAUGUCUCAUUAAAAGACGAAUCUAUUGCUUCUUCAUUAAAUGUUAUUAGAAAACUUCCCUUGAUCUCAUUAUAUUUAGAUACCAUAUAUUAUCAUUCAAGAUCAAUAGAAUUUUUGUUACCGAGUACUUUACAAUAUUUUGGUUUAGGCGGUAGUGUUUAUCAGUAUGACAUUGAGCAAAUAUUAGUAAAUGCUUAUUUACCAAAUUUAUCCACGAUGGAAAUAUUAAACUUAUAUAAUACUAAUGAAAGUAUUAGAAAGAUUUUUAUUAAAUUUAGCGAAAGGUUUAAUCAUCGAUUAAAAGAAUUGAAAUUGGGAAAAUCUUUAUUAAGGGAGUUCAUUUCAUUAGAUAAAAAAGAGUUAUGGAAUACGAGAUCUUUCAAGAUAAGUGAAGUGAGAUUCUUUAAAUAUGGCGUUUAUGAAGACAUAUUUGGAUAUCCAUUUUAUAAAAGUUCGGAGGGUUAG